AGGGUAACUACACUCCACUCACAAUACACUCUUAAGAGAAACCCCUCACGCCGCUCAUCCGCGUCUCCGGCGGUGCUCUCUGCGCGUCGCCGGUUUCUUGGGAAAUAUCUCACCUUUGCGCACAGGAACGGCGCGCAAAGGUCGGCGGGUUUUUUUGUUUUUUGUUUUGUUUGGUUUUUUGUUUUUGUUUUUUUUCCCCCGCGUCUGACGGCAUCCUCGGAUAUUCCCACCUGAGGUGAACUCCCGUGGCAUGCCCGUCAAUGUCUCAUGUCUCAUUUACUGGAACCAGGUGAGCGAUAAUUCGAUCUGGUCGUCACAACCGUGGGAUAACACGAGUGGAGCGCUUUAACAACCAUGCCACCCAAGAAAAAGGGAGAGCGUCAGGACACGGAUGCCUUUGAGGAAAGAAACGCUCAGGUGCAGCUGGAGAAGGCCAAGUCCAAGCCUGUUGCAUUCGCAGUACGUUGCAACUUCUCUUACACGCCAGCAGACGACGACAACGUUCCUGUACCGGGCCAGGCCGUCACCUUCGAGGCCAGAGAGUUCCUCCAUGUCAAAGAGAAGUUUAACAACGAGUGGUGGAUCGGGCGGCCGGUGAAGGAGGAUGGCGUGGUGGGCUUCAUCCCCAGUCCGGUCAAUCUGGAAACCAUUCUCAUCAGAAGAGAAGUCCAGGCGAGGAAAGCCGCCAAGGCCUUAGCCAACAAAGCCGCAGCUCAGCAAACUCAAGAUAUGAACGCAAAGAAAUACACUCCUCCAUCUCAAGCCAACCAGCAGGUGAAAAAGAAGCCAGGGGAGCAGGUGGCUAUGUAUGAUGUAGUGCCUACAAUGCGCCCUGUGGUUCUGAUGGGACCGUCACUGAAGGGCUUAGAGGUUACAGAUAUGAUGCAAAAAGCACUGUUUGACUAUUUAAAACAUCGAUUUGAAGGCAGAAUCACUAUCACAAGGGUCACAGCGGACAUCUCUCUGGCUAAACGGUCCAUCCUCAACAAUCCGGGCAAAAAGGCCUUAAUGGACCGGUCGAACACCCGCUCCAAUUUAGAUGCUGCCGCCCAGAUCCAGGGGGAGGUGGAGCGUAUCUUCGAGCUCGCCCGCAGCCUGCAGCUGGUUGUUCUAGAUGCUGACACAGUCAACCACCCUCUCCAGGUGUCCAAGACCUCCCUGGCACCGAUCCUAGUCUAUGUCAAGAUCUCCUCACCAAAGGUGUUGACGAGACUGAUAAAGACCAGAGGGAAGUCACAGACCAAACAUCUCAAUGUUCAGCUGGUGGCAGCAGACAAGCUUGCACAAUGCCCGCCGGAAAUGUUUGAUGUCAUCUUAGACGAGAAUCAACUAACUGAUGCCUGUGAGCACAUUGCUGAUUAUCUGGAGUCUUACUGGAGAGCCACUCAUCCUCCAGAGAUGGAGGCGACCAAUGCACUGGUAGCCCAUCUGGCUGGGAAUACACUGCCCACCAAUCCAUCAGGGAUACAGGAAGGGCAGAAAAACAAGAAGCCAGCUGCCCCCAAGAGGAAGGGUUCCCGGGAGAACCACCUAGACCAGGAGCCCCCUUCAGCCGCAGUACAGGAACAGAGGGAUGAGGAGGGCCAACGAGAGGAGGAAGAGCGGCUCCUGAGGACUGAACCAAAGAGACCCCAGCACGCCCACCACCAUCACCAUCACCACCAUAACCACCACCGCCGGAUGGAGCAUCAUACCCAGCACAACCAAACAUCCGGUGGCCCGGAAGUACAGCAGAGCAGGGAAUACACCCAGAGGCUUCCCCGCAGGCACCUCACUGAGGAGAGGGAGGACGAGGUGGGGGAUGUGGUGGAGGAGGACGAGGAGGCGACCCGCUAUAACCACCGGGGCCACAACCACCACCAUCACAACAGCAACCACCACCAUCACCACCAUCACCACCACCAACAUCACCGUGGGAACAGCCAGCCACAUGUGGAGGAGGACUAUGAGCAGGAGCACAAUGAACGCAACCGGCAGCACAGGCAUCACGCGCAUAUUCCACAACGGACACACCACCCAGAGCAAUAUCCUCCACACAAUCAUCACAACUACCACCACUACCAUGGCAGGGACAGGGACAGGGACAGGGACAGGGAUAGAGAUAGAGAUAGAGAUAGAGAUAGAGACAGAGAUAGGGACAGAGACAGAGACAGAGAAAGACACAAGGACAGGGAAAGAGACAGAGAUAAGGACAGAGACAGAGAUAGAGACAGAGAUGCACGACAAUGGCAUAGGGAUUCCUAUAUACACCAGUGACUGCGUUGUUUCUCCUGAGGGCCUGCAUAUGGUUUUAU